GGGGCCUCAGGCCCGGGCAGGAGGCCGGAGGACAGGGACCGCGCGAUGUCCCGUGGAGCCGGACUGGUUCGCACCACGUGCAGCACUGGCGGUGCUUUUGGCCCCGAGAGCGGCGCGGGGCCGCCGGGCGGGAGCCCCUCGGAGGGGCUGCUGGACUCCGUCUACCCCCGCACCUACCCGGCCCUAAUGAAGGUGGCGCAGAUGGUCACUCUGCUCAUCGCCUUCAUCUGCGUGAGGAGCUCCCUGUGGACCAGCUACAGCGCCUACAGCUAUUUCGAGGUGGUCACCAUCUGCAACCUGAUCAUGAUCCUGGCCUUCUACCUGGUGCACCUCUUCCGGGUCUACCGUGCGCUCACCUGCAUCAGCUGGCCCCUGUCGGAGCUGCUGCACUACGUCAUUGGCACCCUGCUCCUCCUCAUCGCCUCCAUCGUGGCCGCCUCCAAGAGCUACAGCCAGAGCGGACUGGUCGCCGGCGCGAUCUUUGGGUUUGUGGCCACCUUCCUGUGCAUGGCGAGCGUCUGGAUGUUUUACAAGAUUUCAUGCGUCACUCAGACCACAGAUGCAGCCGUGUGACUCCGCCCUGUCCCAGAAGGCUCGGCAGAACCCGAAGGUCAACAGCCCCAGAGCGGCGGGGUGCAGUACCCCCAGGAAAAGACAUCUGAACCUGCGUGCCUAUGCCAAAGUCCUGCUCAGGCCAGUGUGCAGGAAGGGGACCGUCACCGUCCCGGACUCCCAAGCCUCUUUCUGCAGCCUUCCAGAACAUUCCUGUCUGGGAAAGACCUGGCUGGGCAGGUGGAACCCUGGCCCCUCCCUCCUACUCUCAGGACCGUCUCGGGAGCCCGGAGCCACUUGGUCCAGGGAGGACACCCCGCAUCCACCACCCACCUGCCAACUUCCUGGCGCCCACCACCUAAGUUCACAGCAUAACAGAUCCGCCAACCCCCCUCUCCCCCACAUCUCUCGCGUGGAUGUCUGGUCCAAGGACACCCACUUUCGCAAAGGGGGGCCGCCGUGGAAGCCUCAUGUGGUCAGUCUGUGCCCAGGCAGAAAGGCAGGAGGCCUCACCUCUCUGCGUUGUUCUUUGUACAUUUGUGUUUCUAAAUAAAAGAUUGACUUGG